UCCGAGACCGUACUCGCAUGUUCUGGUCAAAGCUGGGCAAGAAUUCCCUGAUGCCGCCAAGUGCACGAUAAACAAGGACGUUUCUGGUACACCUUGCCAUGGUAUUGAAUUGAGCACUCCAUUUGUUUAUGGGAUAAACAAGAGAUCGCCGGACAUGUUGCCAUGGCGCCGUCUGAUCGGACAGUUCAUCGCCGAUCAUUUUUUAUAGCUGGAUCCAACAGCUUCCGAGCCUGCAAAUCUGCAUAAAUGUUUAUGCUCGUUCAGACAGUUGGGUGUCCAGCAUCUCACAAAGGCUCAUCAGCUUACUGCAUCUCUUCUCCGGUGCGAGCUAGCUAGCUAUCUCCCUCUCUUCCUCCAGCUCGCUCUUGCUGUCUGCCCCCCAUGGCCAGCCUCGUGCACCAGGCGUCCAUGCCGGCAAGGGCGAUGGCGGCGUGCGACGAGGACCUGGUCCCGCAGGGCUUCAGCUGCUUCGGCCGCUCGCUGUCGCGGGCGUCGUCGUCGAGCCGGCUGGAGUACAGGGCGCUGCAGCAGCAGAAGCAGCCGGAGCAGGGAGAGGAGAGGCGCGCCGCGCAGGACGCGCGGUCGGCGCGCGCCAAGCUGCGGUGGAAGGCCGUGGCGCACGAGAUCAUGGCCAAGGGCGGCGCGCGGCGGAGGAGGCAGCAGCAGCUGGCGGCGUUCAGCUACGACUCCCGGAGCUACGCGCUCAACUUCGACCAGGGCGCCGCCGAGUAGCAGCGUGGCGGGCACGCCGCCGUCCGACCCGGCGUGCGGAUCGGAGCCUGGGACAGACGCCAUGGCGUGGGCGUGGGCGCGGGCGCGUGCACGGCGAGCCGGCGCUGAUGCCAGUAUAAUGGGUCGCGUAUGCGGCCCCGGGAAGGGCAUGGAUGUCCUCGCCGGUGCUGCUCAUAGUGCCGGGGUGGGUCAGGCCGUCCGCAGCGGAGGUGGAGGUGGAGGACGCGAUCAUGGUGGUCGUGGCGCUGCGCAAAGGCGACAUGCCGCCGCAGACCGGCACAGUGCUCCGCGUUCCUCCUCUGGCGGCUGCCGCUUAAUGUUUCUACAGUGUUGAGAAAUGCAGUGUGGCAACGUUGCAAGGAAAUCAAGUUGGGUAAUUUGGUUUGCAUGUACCCAACAUAAUUCAAUGUUCUGGAUCACUUGGCUACUACUGUGCCACUACCGUUUCACAAGUGUACCAGCAGCGUCCUCGUUUAUCCAGCUUAGCACUAGGCGGCGUCAGGGAAUUCCUGGCCGGCUUUGACCAGAACACGUUCCGAGUCUCAGACCACAUCUGAAACAUUGCAGCAGAUGGCAUCUCGAGCUCAGCGGUACGCAUCUUUGCUAGUUGCUAACAUGUGCAAACAUGAGUAUCAAAGCAGUUCUGGUCAGAGCACGGAAAGAAUUCCCUGAUGCCGCUAAGUGCAGGAAAAACAAUGACAUUGCUGAUAGACUUGCCAUGGUAUUGA